CUGGAGGAAGCCGGCGGGGGCGCCCAGCACGCCCCGCGCUCCACAGAGCCCCGCUCCAUGCGGACCCGCCGGCGGGAGGGCGCCACGCACGUCGCCGCAGCGGCCGUCCCCGCGGGCGGGGACCGAGCCCGCCGCCGAGCCGCCCGGCGCUCGCGCCGGGAGCCCUGACUCUAUGGCCCGGGGGGAGCGCGCCGGAGCCUCCGCGCCGCCCAUCACCAGCGGGAACCCGAGCGCCAGCCCGAGGAACAGGGGAGCCCAGGGCGCCGCCGGCCCCGGCCCAGGGGCCCGCCCGCGGCCCCCGCCCCGGGGAAUGGCAGGCAGGUAGCCGGCUCGCGCGAGGACUGCCGCGGCGGGCAGGCCCUGCCGAGGACGGCGCGGCCCCGAGAGAAGGAGGAGAGCGGCGGCCCGCCCGCCCCCGGCCGCAGCCCCGGCACGGCCCUCCCCCGGCGGCGCGCGCUCGCGCGCGCACCCAUCCGCACACCGUACCUCCGCUCCUGCCCAGCCUCUCCUGCCCCCCGCGAGUGCCGAACCCCCUGGGGCCGGAUGCCAUGGGUAACAACUUCUCCAGUAUCCCCUCUCUGCCCCGAGGAAACCCGAGCCGGGCGCCGCGGGGCCAUCCCCAAACCCUCAAAGACUCCAUCGGCGGCCCCUUCCCUGUCACCUCUCACCGAUGCCACCACAAGCAGAAGCACUGCCCUCCGGUGCUGCCUGGCGGGGGGCCCCCGGCCACGCCGCUGCUCUUCCACCCGCACACCAAGGGCUCCCAGAUCCUCAUGGACCUCAGCCACAAGGCCGUCAAGAGGCAGGCCAGCUUCUGCAAUGCCAUCACCUUCAGCAACCGCCCAGUCCUCAUCUACGAGCAAGUCAGGCUGAAGAUCACCAAGAAGCAGUGCUGCUGGAGUGGGGCGCUGCGGCUGGGCUUCACAAGCAAGGACCCGUCCCGCAUCCACCCUGACUCGCUGCCCAAGUACGCCUGCCCCGACCUGGUGUCCCAGAGCGGCUUCUGGGCCAAGGCGCUGCCUGAGGAGUUUGCCAACGAGGGCAACAUCAUCGCUUUCUGGGUGGACAAGAAGGGCCGUGUGUUCUACCGCAUCAACGACUCAGCUGCCAUGCUCUUCUUCAAUGGGGUCCGCACGGCCGACCCGCUCUGGGCCCUGGUGGACGUCUACGGCCUCACGCGGGGCGUGCAGCUGCUUGACAGCGAGCUGGUGCUCCCGGACUGCCUGCGGCCGCGCUCCUUCACCGCCCUGCGGCGGCCGUCAUUGCGGCGCGACGCCGACGAGGCGCGCCUCUCCGUGAGCCUGUGCGACCUCAACGUGCCGGGCGCCGACGGCGACGACGCCGCGCCGGCCGCCGGCUGCCCCAUCCCGCAGAACUCGCUCAACUCGCAGCACAGCCGCGCGCUGCCCGCGCAGCUCGAUGGCGACCUGCGCUUCCACGCGCUGCGCGCCGGGGCGCACGUGCGGAUCCUGGACGAGCAGACCGUGGCGCGCCUGGAGCACGGGCGCGACGAGCGCGCGCUCGUCUUCACCAGCCGGCCCGUGCGCGUGGCCGAGACCAUCUUCGUGAAGGUCACGCGUUCGGGCGGCGCGCGGCCCGGCGCGCUCUCCUUCGGCGUCACCACGUGCGACCCCGGCACGCUGCGGCCCGCGGACCUGCCCUUCAGCCCCGAGGCCCUGGUGGACCGCAAGGAGUUCUGGGCCGUGUGCCGCGUGCCCGGGCCCCUGCACAGCGGCGACAUCCUGGGCCUGGUGGUCAACGCCGACGGCGAGCUGCACCUCAGCCACAACGGCGCCGCGGCGGGCAUGCAGCUGUGCGUGGACGCCACGCAGCCGCUCUGGAUGCUCUUCGGCCUGCACGGAGCCGUCACGCAGAUCCGCAUCCUCGGCUCCACCAUCCUGGCAGAGCGGGGCAUCCCGUCACUCUCCUGCUCCCCUGCCUCCACGCCAACCUCGCCCAGUGCCCUGGGCAGCCGCCUCUCUGACCCCCUGCUCAGCACGUGCAGCUCCGGACCUCUGGGGAGCUCUGCUGGUGGGACGGCCCCCAACUCCCCAGUGAGCCUGCCUGAGUCGCCGGUGGCCCCAGGCACAGGACAGUGGAGCGAUGAGUGCACCAUUUGCUAUGAGCACGCAGUGGACACGGUCAUCUACACGUGUGGUCACAUGUGCCUCUGCUACGGCUGUGGCCUGCGCCUCAAGAAGGCUCUGCACGCCUGCUGCCCCAUCUGCCGCCGCCCCAUCAAGGACAUUAUCAAGACCUACCGCAGCUCCUAGCCUGUGGCACCCCACCCUGCACGCCUGCCUCCUCAGGCUUGGGCCCCACUCCAGCCGAGGGGCAAGCCCACAGGGCCCCUUCUCUUCUUCCUCAUUUUGGAAACUCUUUUCCCUUCUUCAUUAAACGGGAAACGGAGGCCCUCGAAGGUUUGGGAAGAAAGGGAGUAUAAGGCAGGGAGGUGAGGGGCAGAAACAAGUUGCCCAGCAGAGGCGGGGGAGGAGUCCGCUCUCUUGCUGUCUUUCCCUUCUCUGCACCCACUCUACCCUGCAUGCCGAGGGGCUAAACGGGGGUCUCAGCCUAUCCUAAUCCCUCCCCAUCUGGGGCAGAUUGCUAGGCAGUCCUCUGGUUCAUGUAAGAAUUAGAAAACAUGUCCCUUCCUCUGGGCAGAUGUGUCCCUGAGCUCGGGCCUUCGGAGUAUGGCCUGGACUUCAGUCUCCAUUUGUUCUCUCAGCCAGCUCUCCGGGAGCAGUGUACAACCUGCUUGACAGCAGCCCUAGGCAGGUAGCCCCUGAACUGCUGCCUUACUCUCUGACCUGUACCCACCUUCUCCUUCCUCUCUUCCCUGCCCCUCAGGCCUGGCAGCCGGGGGUAAGGCUGGUGGAUACCUCUCCCCCUGGGCAAGUGGCAGCCCCCAUGCCUUGUCCCUCCCCCACUAACCCAGGACGCGUGGAUGGACAGGCCACGGAAGGCUGCAAGUUCCGGGUCUCUGACCCUGUGCCCUGGCUGAGAUGCAGGGGGCCCCUUCCUGGCCGUAGCCUUUCUUCCCCAGUCAUCUCGCUAGAUGCUGCUGCCAGGGACAGCCUCGGUGCGGGCUGGAGAGCAGCGUCCGUCCUCUGGAAGGUUCUCCAGGAGCAGGCUGGCAUCUGUGCUCUGAGACCUGUCCUCCCGGAUCUCAGUGCUGUCCUGGGCCUGGCUGAUACUCACUGUGGUAUACCCGGGUGAGGCCAGGACCCUGGGGUGGGGGUGGGGGUGGGGUGCCCUGGGGGUAAAACCAGCCUUUUUUCUUAUUUUUUAUUUAUUUAUUUAUUUGGUUUCUGGGUUGGUUUUUUUUGGGGGGGGAUUGAGUUGCCAUCCCCCAGGGCCCCUAGAAAUGCUGCCCCGGUGCACGGCGUGCCCGGCGAGAGAGGGCUGCAGAGCUAGUUCUCAUUCAGAAUCUUCCCCAGGCUCCAGCCCAAAGUCCAUAGCCAUCUCUGCUUACCAUGAAUUAGAACUCCUUAAAAAGAGGCUGAAUUGGGAGGCCUCCUAUCAAAUUGUAUCCAUUUUACAGAGAGAUAAACUGAGCCUCCCUAGUGUCCUGGGGCUGGUGGAUCACCCGGAGCCACAAAGUGCCCUUGCUCUCUGGGCUGCUGCAGGGUCAUCACAGUUGGCUCAAAUACGUCAGGAGGCCCAGGAGCGCCCCCUUCCACGAGGACAUACAAAGUUCUGGGAAGGCUGGAAGAGGGGAGCCCCGCUGGGACCAGGGAACAGGGCUGGGAAGGCCUACUCAAGGUAGGGGUGGGGAGGCUGUUCUUAGUAAGGCUCUCUACCCUCAGGAAAGAUGAGGAGGGAAGGGACCGGCUCCCGGCACCUCUGGGUAAUUUCUGGUUCCGGGGUGGCAUGUCCCCCGCCCCUGCUCUUAGGCCGCAGUUGUCGCAGCCUUGCCUGCCCUACCCUGGUAGGCCACGGGCUGGCGCCCGCUCUCGACAGUCUUGGCCUAGUUUUCUCCCUCCGAUGGCUUUUCAUGUCCAUCAGAGACUGCUGCUUCCUGUGGCUGGCCGAGUGGGAUUCUAGACCUGGCCACCGGACGGCUGUGUGGCCCUGGCUGGGUCAUAGCCCUUCUCAGCCUCAGCUGCCACCUCUGUAAAAGGACUGUGUGGGGAGGAGAGCAGACUUUGUGUGACUCUUGGGACUUCUUUGAUGAUGGGCUGCUGUGGGGUGUUGGGUGGGACAGCACGUGGUGGGGGGGUGUCAGAAGGCCAGGCUGGGUCUUUGUCGGCCCCUGCCUUGCAUUGGGCUUCCAGGAAGUCAUGGUUCCACGGUGGGUCUCCACUCCCCCGUUCCUGACCCUGAAGACCCUCCUUCCAUGGGAGUAGGGUUGGGGGGAAGGGGAGGUGGUGGCCCCAUCUCGUCAGGAGUCUCAUGUCAGAGGCAAGGGAAGGUCUUAAGUGCAGGGGCUGCGGGGCCUGAGGUUUGGGGCGAGGAAGCCAUCCGUACCACUGUCUCUGUUAGUGCUGGGAUAGUUGCUGCCUCCUUUGUGAACUUGGGUCGCUGUGAUUGUGAAUAAAGGUGAUUUCGU